AUGGAUGUCUAAGACCAGCUUAUACUUGCAAGUCUGAUAGAUACUUAGAAAAUGGUUACUCUUCCUUUGUUUAUUAAUAGUUAUAAAACAAUCCUAUUUGCUAACAAAAAUAAUCAAAUUAUUUAUAAUAGAAAUCUAACAUUAAAUUAUGGCCAUAUAAUUGCGAUAAAGCUGCACUUUAAUGAAAGCUAAAUAUAUAUAUAACUGUAAAGAUAAGUAAGUAAGUAUGCUAAAUUAUAUUGUAUAAAUUAUUAAAAAAUAAAAAUUCAACAUUAAAAGUUAUUCAAUAUUCUGAUUUAUUUAUUUAAAUGA